CUCACUGUACCCACGACGAAGUAGACUACGCCAUCAUGUUCUACCAAGGCAGUCUGCAGGAUGGAAUUGCGUCCGCGGUGGCGGAGAAUAAGGCUGUCGUUUGUUUUGUUAGAGAUGAUGAGCAGACGAGUAAACAAUGGGAGGAGGAGUAUUUUACUUUCGAUGAGGAGUUAUCCCGCUUGCUCGACACCCGAGCUGUCCUUUUGCGCCUCACUCAGGGCACCCCCGAAGCAGGCUUCCUGGCCUCCUUCUGUCCCAUCGUCAAGUUUCCCACCGUCGUCGUGAUAAAGAAUGGCAUGCUAUCUGAUUAUCUUGUCCCGGACUUGUCCAAGGAGGACUUUCGGGAUCGGUUGGCUGCGAAGCUGAAUGAGAGCGCGCCGGUUCAGCAGGAUAUUGGAGGUGAGACUGGGGAUGAUACGGUAGCUCAGAAUACGGACACGUCCGUGUCUGCUCCUACACCGGUAUCACCUGCCCCAGUAUCAUCUCCUGCGCCUGUGUCUCCUCCGGUGCCUGCUCCAGCACCUGUAUCUGCUCUCGCUGCACCUACAUCCCCCGUUGCAGCGCCAACUCCAUCUCAGCCCGAACCCCAACCCUCACCUCCGACUGAACCAUCCCAACCCCGAGACGCAAGCAUCCGCGAAGGCAAGCGACGAGUAGAAGGUGCGCGAACUACGCAACCCCAAUCACCCCCGAGCAAGAAACUCCAACAGGAAAAGCAAACCCCAACACCCAAGCAGAGUCCCAAACCAACCACCAAACCCAAAGACAAGCCCUCAACUGCCAUCCCCACCCCCCGCCAACCCUCCAUCCCCAACCAAUACCGUCUCCAAGUCCGCCUCUUCGACGGCCGCUCCGUCCGAUCCAGCUUCACCCCCACGCAGACCAUCCGCGCCGACAUCCGUCCCUGGCUCGACAGCCAAAUGGAAGAAAAAUCCCCCUACAACCUCAAACACAUCCUAACCCCGCUACCCAACCGCACCCUCACCCUCACCGACGAAGACACCCCGCUCGCCGAACUGGGCCUCGGCUCAUCCGCUAACCUCGUCAUGAUCCCGAUCCAAUCCUACACGGAGGCGUAUUCCGCGACGGCAUCGAGCUUGCCCGUCCGAGCAGUAUCUUCUGCCUAUGGACUUGUUUCGUCGGCUGUUGGGACGGCGACGGGUCUCGUGGGUUCGUUUUUCGGAUAUGGGCCUACACCUGCGGCUGAGGCAGAGCAGUCUGCGCCGGCGCCGGCGUCGACUCCGGCUUCAACUAGUAAUGGACGUAGACUGCGGACGGGACCGAAUAUUCGGACGUUGAGGGAUCAGCAGAAUGAGCGGGAUGAUCGGGAGUUCUAUAAUGGGAAUCAGUUGAACUUUCAGCCAAGGAAUGAUGGAGAUAGACGGUAGGAUGUGAUUCCUAGUUCUGACCGUGUAUCUGUAUCAAUCGAUUAUUCUUUCUAUUGCUGCAGCGAGCGAAGCGUGUCUCAUGUACUUACUAUCAGAAUGUCCGGCUAAUUGUACCUAAUCUAUCUUGGAUAUCAUUUAGGUACUUUUACAUUACAAUUCAAGAUGAGUGAAUGCAGAAGAGUAUUGAAGAG